AUGUCUUUCCUCGGAUUUGGUCGCCCGCAGCCCUCGUCGGCGGAGAAGAUUGCCGCCGUUGAGCAGGAGAUGAAGCUUAUGGCAGAGAUGCACAACCGUCUCACAAGAGUCUGCGCAAAGAAGUGCGUGCCCAACGACUACCGCGAGGGUGACCUGAACAAGGGCGAGAGUGUCUGCCUCGACCGAUGUGCCGCCAAAUUCUUCGACGUCCAUUUGAAAGUUUCAGAAUUGAUGCAGCAAGAAGCGCAAUCAAGAGGUGGCGGUGGCGGCGGCGGCUUUGGUAUGGGCGGAUAG